UCACCACUGGGUUAGGGUUAGGGUUAGUGACUCACUACCUUCACCACUGUCGUUUGUUCAUUUUUAUCAAGUCAACUUCCACAAUAACUUGUUUAACCACACGUUGCAUUGUCUCGCGUUCACACGUUGUCAUGUCUGAUAUUUACGAGUUGGGACGUGCCCCCAGAGGCACUAUAUAAAAAUGAACGAAUGAAUGGAAGCCUAUCUACUUGUUCAGAAGAUUAGCUGUAUGUAUCAGUGUUGGUUCUGAAGAAGCGGAGGACGUUCCGAGCAAAUAUAUCUGCACACUGCUGAGAUGCCUGUGAACACCCGGGACCGGACAGUGCUGGGGCGUUUCCCCGGGGUCACGCUGGAACCGGUGGAGGAGGUGGAGGAGGAGGUGGAAGAGGACCAGGUGGAGCAAGGCGGUUGUUGUCGGUGGAUGCGUCAGGUCUGCCCUGGGUUGUUUCGCCAGCCUGAGAUGGACGACAUCACGGACACUGAGAUGACGGGGGUCGACGAGGAGGAGAAACCUGACGGAGGGGGCGGCCCGAAGCCCCACGGUGGCGAUCAGCACGACGCUCACAUUGUGAAGGUGAAUUCAGUGGACCUGAUGAGUGAACAAUCCAAGCAGAAUCGUAAAGAGCACCACACAGAUCUGUACGAUGGGGACGACCUCAUCCUGCGCCGGGGACAGACCUUCCUGAUGUGGCUCGACCUUUCACGACCUUUUGACCCUACCACUGACAAACUUCACCUGGAACUUAAAACAGGAGCUGCUCCAGAAGUGCCGAAGGGAACCCUGGCCAUCAUUCCUCUAGUGGACGAGCUGCAGGACGACCGCUGGGAGGCUAAGAUAGUCAAAGAAGAAGGCGACCGGGUGCAGCUGUCUGUGAACUCCAUCCCCACGGCGGUGAUUGGUAUUUACCGUCUCAGCGUGGUGACAUCAGGACAAGAGGCGGAGCUCACUUCAAUACAUCAGCCAGCCGAUAACAUCUACAUGUUGUUUAAUCCAUGGUGUGAAGACGAUGCAGUGUUCAUGGAUGAGGAGGAGGAGAGGAAGGAGUACGUUCUGAACGAUAUCGGGAGGCUAUACUAUGGCACUGAGCAGCAGAUCGGAGUGCGGACAUGGAACUUUGGACAGUUCAGUGGAGGAAUGCUCGCCUCUUGCCUCUUUGUCCUGGAGAAGAGUGGGACCCCUGCGUCUGGUUGGGGCAGCCCCGUUAACAUUGUUCGAGUUGUUUCAGCCAUGAUAAACUCCCCAGAUGACGCAGGAGUGGUCGAGGGGAACUGGUCAGGGGACUAUUCAGACGGGACCUCUCCCGCAGCCUGGAGUGGAAGUGUGGAGAUCCUCAACAACUACCAUGACGGUGGGGGGACGCCCGUCAGAUAUGGCCAGUGUUGGGUCUUCUCUGGCGUAACCACUACCGUGUUGCGAUGUUUGGGCAUUCCCACCCGCAGCGUGACCAACUUCAGCUCCGCCCAUGACACAGACGUCUCCUUGACGACAGACGUUUACCUUGAUGAGAGCCUUGAUCCCUUAGACUCCCUUAAUGUGGACUCCAUCUGGAAUUUCCACGUUUGGAACGACUGCUGGAUGUCCCGCCCGGACCUGCCCCCGGGCAUGGGAGGCUGGCAGGCGGUGGACGCCACACCCCAGGAGACCAGCCAGGGCACCUUCCGCUGUGGGCCCGCCCCGCUGACCGCCCUGCGCAGCGGCCAGGUCUACCUCCAGCAUGACUGCCCCUUUGUCUUUGCUGAGGUGAACAGUGACAAGAUCUACUGGCAGAGGAAUCUGGACGGAACCUUCACUCAGAUCCACAAUGAGAAGCACAUCGUGGGCCACCACAUCAGCACCAAGGCAGUGGGCUCGGACGAGCGCUACGAUAUAACACAUCUCUAUAAACAGCCUGAAGGCUCAGAGGAGGAGCGUAUCGCCGUGGAAACAGCCUCUCGCUACGGUUCAAAGCCAGAGACCUACUCGGCGCCUAGCGCGGAGGAUGUCUCAGUCCAGGUCACGCUGGACGGAGACGGUCCGCUCAUGGGGAGCGACGCAGAGCUCAGCAUCACCUUCACCAACGGCAGCUCCGAGCAACGCAGUGUCUUCCUCCACAGCCAGGUGGCGGUCAUGUACUACACUGGCGUCCACAAGGCCACCCUGCGCAGGGACAGGACAGAGGUGGAUCUACCACCGGACAGUGUGACGAGUGUGGAGUGGACUCUGUUGUAUGAGACCUACCAGGGCCAACUGAUUGACCAGGCUGCCCUGAUGCUCACCCUCUCUGGCCGGGUCAGCCAAACCCAGCAGGUCCUGGCAACACAGUUCAGCUUCCGGCUCAAGACACCGGACCUGCUCAUAAAGCCAAUUGGGAAGGCGGCUGUAGGUAAGACGAUGAAAGCAGAGAUCUCCUUCACCAAUCCACUCCCACACACGCUCAAAGCAGUGAUGCUGCGCAUAGAAGGGCUGGGCCUACUGAGCAUUCGAAAGAUUGCUGUUGGAGACAUCGCCAGCCAGGCCUCGUUCUCUCGGAUUGAAACUAUUGUGCCAACGCUGUCAGGGCCGAGGAAGCUGCUGGCCUCUUUGGACUGUGAAGAGCUCACACAGGUUCACGGUGUGGUCAGCGUCCUCGUGGGCGAGUGAGAGGAUUAUUAGGAUGAACACACAAUUGACAAAGUCAGUAGAGCUUGUACCUCAUACCAGACACUGUCUCUCAGUGUUAAAACUGCAAUGCAUUUUCAUUCAGUCAUAUUAGUAAUGCUCUUAUAAUGCAGUUAUGGUAAGUCCACUGCAGAUGUCUGGAUAUGGCUACCUUUUGAAAAAGCGGUUCCUAUAACUGAUUUUUAUUGUUCAUUUUUGUAAAUAUUUAAAAUGUUCUACUAUUUACUAUAUCCCUAAAAUAUAUAUAUAACUAUUAUAAUAACUUGCGAUGAUUACUUAAUGCAAUUAUUUAUUUUAAAUUAUGAUAAUUAAUUAUUUAAGUUAAUAUCUACAAAAACUGGGCUCAUCUGUAAAUUGAUGUAGCAGAACCAGGGGGAAACGGUAUUGCCACAACAUAUGGAGGUAAGGUAAUUAAAAAAAACACAUCUCUCAUU